AUGUCCAAGGUUAUGAGAAGUGUGAAGAAUGUGACCAAGGGUUACUCGAGCGUCCAGGUCAAGGUGCGCGAAGCGACGAGCAAUGACCCAUGGGGUCCAACCGGCACGCAGAUGAGCGAGAUUGCUCAAUUAACCUUCAAUUCGUCUACCGAGUUCUACGAUAUUGUCGAUAUGCUCGACAAACGUCUGAAUGACAAGGGCAAGAACUGGAGGCACGUCCUGAAGGCCCUGAAAGUGCUGGAUUAUUCUCUACACGAAGGGUCGGAACUGGUCGUCACCUGGGCUCGCAAGAACGUCUACAUCAUCAAGACAUUGCGCGAGUUCGUAUACAUCGACGAGGAUGGACGGGACGUAGGGCAGAAUGUUCGUGUUGCCGCGAAAGAGCUCACCGCUUUGAUUCUGGACGAAGAGAGACUUCGCGCCGAGCGAAACGAUCGGAAAACUUGGAAAUCACGGGUUACCGGCAUCGAGGAAUUCGCUCCAGAAGGCGCAACCGUCCCCGCCAACCGCCGGCAACGUCCCCGACCACAGAGUGCCGACGAAGACGAUACUGAAUACCAGCUGGCUCUCGAGGCCAGCAGAGCCCAGGAGGAGGAGGAUAGAAGGAAACGUGAAGGCCGACAGGGGGGUAGCAGUGGUGCCGGUGCUGGAGUAGAGGACGACGAUGACCUGGCCAAGGCUAUCAAGCUCAGCAGAGAAGAGGACGAGCGACGGAGACGGGAAUUAGAGGAGAGCAACUCCAGCUCUCUUUUCGACGACGACCCAGCGCCGAGCAGCGUUCCACAACCGACCGGUAUGAAUAUGGGUUAUCAGCAGGGCAGCAACGUGGACUGGCUCGGUAAUCCGAUUGACCAGAACCAGAUGAUGCAGCAGCAACCCACUGGAUAUAUGAACAACGCGUAUACAGGAUUUCCCAACAACGGCUACCAGAACGGCUUUCAACAGCAGCAAACUGGUAUGUACGAUCCAUAUGGCCAGCAAAACAACCAAUUGCAGCAGCAGCAGCAGCAGCAGCCGCAGUUCCAGCCGCAACAGACGGGAUAUAACCCAUAUGCGCAACAGGCGUUCCAACCUCAACCUACAGCGACUCCUGAGCCAAUGCCUCAGUCCGGCAGCAACAACCCUUGGGCUUCCAACAACCAGACCCAAUCGGCUAUGAAACCGAUGCAGACAGGCUCCAACAACCCUUUCGCCUCCAGCUUUGGGAGACCCCAACCGACCACAGCCCCAGCCGUCCCGACCCUGAGCAGCCUGCAAAGUCUUCCAGAACAGAACACCCUUCAAACAUAUGCGCCUUCUCCUCAACCUUCCUUCAAUCAAUACCAGCCGCCGCCGCAGCCCCUACAGCAGCAGCAGCAACAGCAGCAACCGCAGAAGCAGCUUAGUGAACAUGAGCAGAGACUGAACACCCUUCUUGCCAGUGGGGAAGGGAUGGACACGUACGGAAACACUGGCGACCUCCGCAUUCCCUCCCAACACACCGCACCCGGUACUUUCGUCAACUCGACUGGGUCAGGUGCUCAGAGGCUGACGGCUGAAGCCACUGGCAACAACCCCUUCCUUCGAUCGCAAUUCACUGGCAUGCCUCAAACUUCGUACGGUCAGCACCAGAUGCCCGCAGCUACCGGCCCUGCAGGUAUGAACGGCAUGGCUGGAUAUGGCGGACAGAGCAACCCCUUUGGAGCCAGGCCACAGCAGCAGAACCAGCAGCCAGGGCAAGACCUUAUCCAAUUCUAG